GCUGUGAAGGGGAGCCCGGAAGUCUUGUUGUGCCAACGAAGAGGGAUUUUUUUUUUUUUUUGCCUUUCGCUACUGAAACAGAUCACUGCGUAUUACCAUUUUUGCAAAUAUGGAGUAGAAAGGAAGAUGAAAACAUGCCCAGACCAACAGCAGUCACUGUUACUGUGGCUACCCUAUUUGGCAUUGCAGCAGGAAGUCUAGCUGUCUGGAGGGUCAUCCAACGUCGAAAACAUAAAACUUGCUUUACACCGAGUCAAGGAGGAAAUAUUAAGGAAUGGGAAAAGAAAAAUAUCUCAGAAGACAUUUUUCAUUCAUUUUUACCUUCUCCCACAAUUUGUUGGCUGGAGGAGAUCCUUGAGGCAAAAGUAAUAAUCAUUUCUGAGGCAGAGAAGUGGCAUGAAGUGGAACCCAUAUUAACAAAAGAGUUGGAAUGUUGCCCAGUCCUUGGAAUUGACUGUGAGUGGGUCUCAGUGGAAGGGAAAAAGGCCAAGCCUGUUUCUCUCUUACAAUUAGCUGCUUGUAAUGGACUUUGCCUCCUUCUUCGUUUGCCCCAGCUGACCAGUGGGGGACAAGUUCUUCCAAAGACUUUGCUUGAAGUUCUGUCAGAUGGCAAAAUCCUAAAAGUUGGGGUAGGAUGUUGGGAAGAUGCCAGUAAGUUAUUUCAUGACUAUAGUGUAACUGUCAAAGGGACUGUGGACCUCCGCUAUCUGGCCCUAAGACAUAGUAAGACCUUCUCCACAAAUGGGCUCAGCCUGAAAUCUCUUGCCGAAAAGCUUCUCCAAUAUUCGCUUGACAAAUCUCUGCACUUGUGCUGCAGCAAUUGGGAAACAGAACAAUUAACUCAAGAACAGAUUAAUUAUGCUGCUCGAGAUGCACAGGUGUCAGUGGCUUUGUUCCUCCACCUAGUGAACCUUCCCUGCCCCCCUUGUGCAUCAGGUGAUGGACAUGUUCUUCCUGCUUGGGAAAAGGUUCUGAGGAAAUGUCAGGGUUUGGUGGAUGUACCCUUCAAGGGAAAAAAUAAUAGCUUUGGUGAUGAUGAAAAUCCAGGAAAUGUGGACCAAAGCCCACAGCAUAAGAAACUUCCAUCCUCCCCAAUCAACCAACAGGGGAAGGAUCCUCGGAAGCACAAAAGGAAGCCUCUGGGUGUAGGAUAUUCUGCCAGGAGAUCUCCCUUGUAUGAUAAUUGCUUCUUGCAUGCUCCAGAUGGGCAGCCUUUAUGUACAUGUGAUCGCAAGAAAGCCCAGUGGUAUCUGGACAAAGGCAUUGGAGAAUUAGUAAACAUGGAGCCAUUUACUGUGAGAUUAAAGUUUGAGCCCUCUGGACGCCCUGAAUCAACUGUGGAUUAUUACUUGACAGUCAAAGAAAAUCUGUGUGUUGUGUGUGGCAAAAAAGAAUCUUACAUUCGAAAGAACAUUGUACCUCACGAGUACCGGAAACACUUUCCCAUUCAGAUGAAAGACCACAAUUCCCAUGAUGUGCUCCUUCUCUGCACCGCGUGUCAUGCGCUCUCUAAUUACUAUGAUAAUCAUCUCAAGCAACAACUGGCUGAAGAAUUUGGUGCUCCUAUUGGUUGCGAGGAGGGCGUUCGCUUGCUCGAAGAUCCCACCCGCAGAUUAGUCCGUUCGGCAGCUAGAGCGCUUGUGAAUGCAGACAGCCUACCUGCUGCCAGGAAGGAAGAGCUGUUGCAGCUGAUCAGGGAUUUCUUUGCAUCUGACACGGUUUCCCCAGAGAUGGUGCAGGAAGCAGCUGGACUGGAAACCAGGAUUUUUAACGAGAACUAUGUACCACAUGGCUUGAAAGUGGUUCAGUCUUUUGCUCAAGGGGGCUUAUAUGCUCUCAUGGGGCUGGAGAAACGUUGGCGCCAGCACUUCUUGGAUGUUAUGCAGCCCAAGCAUCUCCCAGCACAAUGGUCUGUUGAUCACAAUCACGACAAAUUGAUCAAGAAAUACGGGGAGACUCUCCAGAUUGAACUUUCAUGAAGAUGAAAUGAUGAAACUGGAAAAUAUAACAGAGACUUACUAUUUUCCUUCCCCCUCACGUUGGGAUUAACAAGAUUCUACCCAGAUAAUUACAUUGCGAAGGAAAUCUCACCAGCAUUGCCAGUUAAAACUAUUUUAAGCUAAAAGGUGGUUUUAAGACUUUUUAAUUGUUUUGAAUUACAAUUUGAAUGUUUGUUCUAUAAAGAUCACCAUAGCCAUAUCUUCUUAGGAAAGGCCUCUGUACAUAUGUGGACCACUUCUAGCCUUUCAGAUGUUGCUUAUGCAGUGCAGUAGUACCACACUCACCGUUUGUCAUCAUUGGCCAUGGACACAGAAGACUGCAUGAAACAUCUGGAGGCUUUCAGGUUUUCCAUCUCUGUUUUAUCUUGAAGGUACCAUUAAGGGGGAAGAAGAGCAUCAGGUAUUUUUUUUUUAAAAAAGAGGAUUUAUUUGUCUAGCAGCAAUUAUAUAUCACUCAAAGCCCAUGUUUAGCUAUUGAAACUCAUGUCAGACCUGUCCUAGCUUGAAGAAACAUCCUCAACUCCAUUUGUAGCAAAAAGGUUACAUUUACUAAAGCCAAGUGAUUAUAGUUAUGCAAAGCCAGAACUAAGAGUUUGUGUGCAAAGAUUCCCUAAUUAACUUUCCCUUCUUGUGUCCCAUCCCCCUGGUAUCACCCCAUUGGCCACCUUACUUACUGGUGAUGGGAGUUGAAAGCAUCGUUUCCAGUUAUUCUGUUCCUUCCUUAAGUGGAUGGUUCUAGUCAGUAAUGAUGGGGAGAGGAAAAUCAGGUUGGUUGGUUAGGGAAGGGGUCCCCACCCUCACCACGGCCCAGUACUGGUCUGUGACCUGUUGGGAACUGGGCCACUGCCAGUCCAUGGAGCUGGAAAGGUUGGGGACUGCUGGGUUAGGGGAUGAUGGAGGACUCAGAAAUGGACUUUAGUACUGAGUAAUAUCCUUGCUCCCUGUUAGCACUUUUAUAAGAUAGUCAAGACUAUUUUUGGAACAGAUAUUUAGGUGUUAGGUCUCUUAGUGUUCAACAGAUUGGGUGGUUCUUUCUAUUCUAAAUUUACUGUUUUUGUUGGUUUUUUUUUUGUUGGUUUUGAUAUUUAGUCUAAAUUGUCAUAAGUUAGGUUGAUGGGAUAAAAGUGCUUGUAAUAAACAAAUAAUGAAUAAAUAAGUUAAUUACCAAUGUUUGCAUCUUUCAUGUUCAGACACAGAUAAAUUAAUAUGGCAAGGGGAAACUUAUAAUAGGAACCCUUUGUUGGAGGCCCAAUUUUCUAUAUGCUACUGGAUUUUUUAAAAAUAGAAUUGCUUUUGGUUACAUAAUCCCCAAUUUGUUAUCUGAUAUUAAUGCCUAUUCACGGUUUUAACACUCAGUCCUCUCUUGAAGUGUUGAUGCUGGCAAAAAAGAAGGAAAAGUUCAGUUGAAAAUUAUAAUUGGAUA